AUGGAGGCGUCUCUCCCUUCUCGACCGCGCACUCCCAGCGACUCAAACGGCGGCAUCAACCAUAACAACAACAACGUCAGCAAACCAGCACAGGCGUUGCGACGGACUUCUCUCGGGUUCCUUCGUCGCUCCAAGUCUACGGAGCAAGUGGCUGAGCGCAAGAAUUCCAACAAGAUCAGCAAGAAGAUGCUCAAGGAGCAGGCCAGGGAGGAAGAAGCGCGCCGCCAGCGAGAAGCUGCCGCUGUACCUAAACAUGCGCCGCGCCUGCCAGACCUCUCGCCGCCGCCGCAGCUGAACUCGUUUGGAGGAGAGAGGAUGACCUCGUAUCAGUAUCAUCAGUAUUCUCAGCUGCAGAACAUGACGAUGGAUGUCCCUCCUGUCCCACCUCUGCCGCCAGGUGCAAGGGCUGCCCUGUCAAGAGACCCGUAUGCUGGUUCAGACAGCAUGGCGCAGCGUGGACGAUACAGCUAUGCCAGCAGUGCCGUGAGCACCAUCAACAGCCCCAGACGGGUGAGGAGACGGAAGGAUCCUACUCCAUACAAUAUUCUCGUUGUUGGAGGGAAAAACUGCGGUAAGACGUCGUUCCUCGAUUUUCUGCGCUCCUCUCUGGCUCUUCCACCGAGCAAGCGGCCCACGAAGCCGACGGAGGAGGAAGACGAGCCACGUCCACAGUCGCCAGGCACCCCGUUCACCUCGCGCUACGUCGAGGCCGAGAUCGACCAUGAACGCAUCGGCCUGACGCUGUGGGACUCGGAAGGGCUGCAGAAGAACAUCGUCGACCUGCAGCUGCGUGACAUCACCGGCUUCCUGGAGAGCAAGUUCGAAGACACCUUUGCAGAGGAGAUGAAGGUUGUUCGUGCACCUGGCGUACGCGAUACACAUAUCCACUGCGCCUUUCUCAUCCUCGACCCGGCCAGGCUUGACGCAAACAUCGAGGCUGCGAAGAAGGCGGCUAGCCGUGGCCAUGCAAAAGAGACCAGCCAGUACAUCGGCGGUCUUGACGUCGAGCUGGACAUACAGGUCAUCCGCACGAUGCAGGGCAAGACCACCGUUAUUCCCAUCAUCAGCAAGGCCGACACCAUCACCUCCGCUCACAUGGCCUUCCUCAAGCGGACGGUCCGGGAUAGCUUGAGGCUGGCCGGCAUCGAUCCGCUGGAAGUGCUGGCUCUGGACGAACAGGACGACAGCGCCUCAGAGGAGUUCGACGAGCACGACGAAGACAACCUGCUGAGGGAGAUGGAUGUGCAGGCCUCUGCCGGCAAGGAGGGUACGGCUGAUGCAGGUCCAGAAGGGCAGCCUGCUCAUGCUUCAAGAGAGGCCGAAGACGAAUCCGCUAUCGACCACAUCUUCCCUCUCUCCAUCCUCUCUCCUGACCCUCACACGCUGAAUAACAAGAACGAGAAGGUUGGCCGUCGAUUCCCCUGGGGGUUCGCCGACCCUUACGACCCCGAACACUGCGACUUUGUCCGACUGAAGGAUAACGUCUUCGGCGAGUGGCGAGGAGACCUGCGUGAGGCCAGCCGUGAGGUAUGGUAUGAGAGAUGGAGAACCACCCGACUCAACCGACACGCCAGGUAA